AGUGGUCAUGAUAUACUGAAAACCACUCAAGACAAAUCUGGAGAGGGAGAAAACCAUAAAGUCACUGAGACCACAUUCAGGCAGCAAAUAUAAAGAAAAGAAAGUUCAACAGCUUCACCCCUCACCUGUUUUAGACAUAGCAGCAUAUUCUAACCAGAGAUCUCACCUGGGCCACAGGCCACCAUGGAUGUGCACCCUGAUGCCCUUGGGGGUCAAAAGAAAACAAGCGACAGCAGCAAGGGAGGCGGCAACCCGGGAGCCCAGCAAGAUGCUGUGAUGAGGACAGAUUCAUCAGAGAUGACGGAUGUGGAAUCUGUGAUCAGCAACUUCGCAGCUUCAGCAAGGGCAGGCCGCCGCAAUGCCUUACCCGACAUCCAGAGUUCAGUCGCUACAGGUGGAUCGUCAGACCUCCCACUCAAGCUGGGGGCAUUGUCCGUGAAGGAAGAUGUUAAAGAGAAAAAAGAUGAGAAAGACCAAGACCAACUGAAAAAGCCCCUAAAUGAAGAAAAAUGAAGCCUUAGAAUCUAUCAAGGUUGUUGAUUUUAUGCACAUUGAGAGACGUAGUGGCUAUGCAUUCCGAGGUGUUUGGUUUGGUAGUAACGGGGUAACAUCUAUGGCUUUAAGUAAUUUGGUUAUGAUGCUCUGUCCUUAAACUGCAACCGUCAUACACCCAAAUGGGUUAUUAAAAGGUGUCACUUUAAAAUUGCACCCAAGGAAGAACACAUUGUUUAUACACCCAACAAAACUCACUGUCCAUCCUGGGAUUUGUUUGUCAAAUACACGUACAAUUCUGUUCCUAUCGAGUUAGAGAAUUUUUCUUGAUAUGUAUAAACCAAAACCUAAUUUAAUACUUCGUAGAAUUUGUAGGAAAUUAUAUUUUUUGGUGAGAUGGAAUUAAUAGUAAAAGAUCACAUGUAUAAAAUGUGUUUAUUUUUAGUCAAAAUUACACCAUAUUUCCCCAAAAAUAUUAGGAGAGAUCUGGAAACAUUGUAAAGGUUAUGACAACAUAAGCAUCUCCAGGCUGAUUUUGUCUAAUAUUCUUUGCACCUAGCCUGUGUAUACUGUGAUUUUUUCAUAUGGACCCACAGAAUGUAAAAUUUGUGAAAAACUGUUUAUCUGAAACAUGUGUGUUGAAUAAACUUCAUUAUAUUCC